AUGCAAAUUAAGGCGCUAACCUCCCUGGCCCGCGGCCAACCCGGAAUCCUCCACCACAUCACCCCAAGCCUGAUCUCUUUCGAAUACACGCGCGGUGGAAUCCGCAAGCCCCACACCCUCAUCUUCGUAGGAGGCUUAGGCGAUGGUCUUGGCACAGUCGAAUAUCUAAGCGACAUCGUUCGAGCCCUGGAGCCAACGGAAUGGACAGUCUUUGGACUGAUUUUAUCCUGCUCGUACGGAGGCUGGGGCAUGGGCCGACUAGGGAAUGAUAUCGACGAAAUCGCACUUACCAUCAACUACGUUCGUGAAUACAAGACACCGCAGUUCGGACCGGGCAAGGUCGUUAUCAUGGGCCACUCGACUGGUAGCCAGGAUGUAAUGCAUUACAUCAACUGUUCGAAUCCCCGACCGACACAUCCUGUGUUCGAUAAGGAUUGGACGCCUAUCAUGCGACCGGAGGUUGAUGGUGCUAUAAUGCAAGCUCCUGUGUCGGAUCGGGAGGGCAUUUUGUGGGUGAUCAAGUGUGGUACGGAGCGGGAUAGUCCCGAGACGAUGCGCAAGAUCUAUAACAAAGCGGUUGACGAUGCGAAACGACACACAUACGAGGAUCACAACUCUGUUGACACGGUUGUGCCUCUGUCUGUGACGGGACGUAUUGGAUACCCGACCUCAGCGCCGGUGAGUAGCCGACGGUUCUUAAGUCUGGUCAGCCCAGACAGUCCUGAGAACCCGGACGAAGACGACCUAUUUAGCUCAGAUUUGAGCGACCAGAGGUUGAAAGAGACCUUUGGACAAAUUGGGGUACGUGGUCUACUGAAGCAGCAAUUGUUGGUGCUGUAUUCUGGUCGGGACCAGUCUGUGCCUCCGUGGGUGAACAAAGAAGCGCUGAUUAAGCGGUGGAAGGAGGCCCUGGAUGCAGACGGUACACAUUUCUGGAGUCCUUGGAGUAUGGUUAUUCCUGGUGCCUCGCAUGCUUUGAGUGAUUCAGAUCAAAAAGAGCCGAGACGGAUCCUGGUGGAGAGGGUGAUUGGAUACUUGAAUGACAUGUUGAAGGGUUAG